AGUUAUCACGUCUAUAUCUUUCUCAUUCGUUCCAUUAUAGCUUCAUUAUUUUAUCUGUUGACAGACAGACAUCUUUCUCCUCGCGGCUGCAUUGGGAGAGAGAAUAACCGAUCCUGGCGUCUAAAGGCUAGACAUUCAGGUUGAUUGGCUACAGUACAUACGUACUGUAACGACUCGGCGCGAAAAAGGACUGCUGGAGGGGACGAAAAUGAUGCAUCAGCAAUCCAUGAUGGUCGGAGACAUGUUGCCGGUUCAUUCCGAAAUGCCCGUGCACGGGGAGGAAAUGAACAAUAUGAACAACGUGGGCUAUGAGAACAGCGGGUCGGCUGGGUACGCCUAUGACGACCUGUUCCCGGCGCUGCCGCACUCGCAGCCGCCGGUGCAGCGCAGCAUCCAGCAAGUCAGCAAGCUGCGUGUCGGCUCUUCGCUGCAUACCCAGGUUUUCCACGUGCCAUAUGAAGAGAGAAAGCUGGAUAACGCCAAUACAUUCGGCGAGGGCGAGUCUCUCAGGACCUGCCAGGCUAUCACCAAGGACACCGGCGCCCACAUCGAGAUAUCAACAAGCAAGGACGGAAGCCUCACUUUCCUUAUCACCGGAAAGCACAGCGCCGUCCUAGAUGCGAGGCGCCAGAUUUUGACUCAUUUCCAACAACAGGCGAGCAAGCAGGUAGCGAUUCCCAAGGAGCACCACCGCUGGAUCCUCGGCAAGCAGGGGCAGAAGCUCAAGGAGCUGGAGAAGGUUACGGCUACUAAGAUCAGCGUGCCCGGCAUCAACGACAACAACGAGACCAUCACCAUCACUGGCACCAAGGAGGGCAUCGAGAAGGCCGAACAUGAGAUCCGCGUCUGCUCCGAGGAACAAUCACGCAAGGCAUUGGAGCGUAUUACGAUCCCGAAGAUCUACCACCCGUUCAUCCAAGGGCCGUACGGCGAGCGUGCGCAAGCGCUGACUGCGGACACGGGCGCGCGCAUUCACAUCCCGCCCGCGUCUACGCAGAGCGAUGAGAUUGUCAUCGCUGGCGAGAAGAACGGCGUGCUGGCUGCCAAGGCGCAGAUUGAGCAGAUCUAUGAGGAUAUGGUGAAGAAAUGCUCGACCGUGCGUGUAGAGGUUCCGAAGUCCCAGCAUAAGUACGUGAUCGGCGCUCGAGGCACCACCAUCCAGGAAAUCCUGAAGGAGACUGGAGUGUCUGUCGAGAUGCCGCCCCCAGACUCGCCCACCGGCACUAUCACCCUCCAUGGACCCCACAACAAAAUUGGUUUGGCUUUGUCGAAAGUUUGUGAAAAGGCGAACUCCGUGAAGACCGCGACCGUCGACGCACCUACUUGGAUUCAUAAAUACAUCAUCGGAAAGAAUGGCUCCAACAUUAAGAAAAUUACUCAAGAUUUCUCGAAGGUGCACGUGGACAUAACGCACUCGGAGGACAAGGUGAAGAUUGACGGGCCGCCAGAGGAGGUGGAGCGUGCGCAGGUGGAGCUGGACGACUUCGUCAAGAACCUGCUCGCGACGCUCACCUACGUGGAGCUCUCCGUGGACCCCAAGUUCUUCAAACAUAUUAUUGGCAAGAACGGAUCUAACAUUAACAGACUGAAGGUUGAGACUGGUGUAGUUAUUAACAUUAUUGAAAAUGAGGGCAACAAUGUAAUUCGCAUCGAGGGCAGCCAUCAAGGUGUCGCCGACGCCGAGAGAGAGCUGCGCGAGAUGGUCAUGAAGCUAGAAAAUGAAAGGACCAAAGAGGUCAUGGUCGACCACAGGUAUAUCAAAUCUCUUAUCGGUGUCCGAGGAGAGAAGAUUAAGGAGAUACGUGAAAAGUUCGACCGAGUGCUCAUCACGUUGCCCGACCAGGGACAAAAGAGGAGCCCGAUCAAACUGAGGGGACCCCAGGAAGAUAUCGAGAAGUGCGAGAAAUUCCUUCAUAAGUUAUUAAAAGAAAUAUCCGAGUCAUCGUACGUCCAAGAAGUGCCAAUCUUUAAGCAAUUCCACAAGUUUAUUAUCGGUAAGGGCGGCGCGAACCUGAGAAGGAUUAGGGAUGAGACUCAGACUGUUAUCGACCUGCCGGCUGAGGGUGACGACAGUGACGUCAUCACCGUGCGAGGCAAGCGCGAGAACGUGCAGGAGGCGGUCAAGAGGAUACAGCAGAUACACAACGAAAAGGCGAACAUAGUCACCGAGGAAGUGACGAUCGCGCCCAAAUAUUACAAUUCUUUGAUCGGGGCGGGUGGAAAGUUGAUUCAUUCCAUUAUGGAGGAAUGCGGGGGCGUGCUGAUAAAGUUCCCGGCGGCGGACAGCGACAGCGACAAGGUGGUCAUCAAGGGCCCCGUGGAGGACGUGGAGAAGGCCAAGCAGCAACUGCUGGCGCACGCCACGGAGCGGGAGCUCACGUCGCACACGGCAACGGUGCGGGCCAAGCCGGAACACCACAAGUUCCUCAUCGGCAAGAAUGGUGCUAACAUUAAGAAGAUCCGCGAGCAGACUGGCGCGCGCAUCAUCUUCCCCACUGAGAAGGAUGAAGACAAAGACUCCAUUUACAUCAUUGGUCGCGAGGAGCAAGUGGAAGCGGCACGCAAGCAGCUCGAAACGGCAGUGGCUGAGAUCAGCAACGUCUCUGAAGGCGAGAUGUCCGUCCCCGCGCGCCACCACAGGCACUUCGUAGCCCGUCGGGGCGAAGUCCUACGCCGCAUCGCGGACGACUGCGGCGGCGUACAGAUCUCCUUCCCGCGACAAGGCGUCAACAGCGACCGUGUCGUCCUCAAAGGACCCAAGGAAUGCAUCGAAGCCGCGAAAAUCCGCAUCAAUGAAAUAAUCGAAGAUCUUGAAGCUAAGGUAACAGUCGAAUGCGUGAUCGCUCAACGCCACCAUCGCACCGUGAUGGGUGCGCGCGGCGCUAAGGUCAAGGAUAUUACCGCAGAGUUCGACGUCCAGAUCAAAUUCCCUGAAAGAGACACGAACGAAGCCGCCGACAUUCCGCUGAAGACCAGCGAAGAGGGCGCGGAGCCUGGACCCAACGAUAUCAUCAGAAUCACCGGCCGCCCCGAGAACUGCGAGGGUGCUAAGAAAGCUUUACUUGAACAGGUGCCUAUAACGAUCGACGUGGAAGUCCCUAACGAGCUGCACAGGCUACUGGCGGGACAGAAGCGACGUGAGCUCAUGCAGACGUACGACGUCCACAUACUGCUGCCGCCCAACGAUGACCCCAGCGAUAUUGUCAAGGUCACGGGUACUCCUGCCAAUGUAGAAAAAGCAAAACAAGCGCUUGCUGAGCGGAUUGUCGAUAUGGAGAAGGAAAAAGAAGAUAGACUUCUCAGGUCAUUCGAACUGAAAUUCAGAGUAGACCCUGAAUACCAUCCACUUGUGAUCGGCAAGGGCGGUACGGUCAUCACAAAGAUCCGCACCGACUACGGAGUACAAAUCAACCUGCCGAAACGAGGCGAGCCUGAUGACGACAUCAUCACCAUCCAAGGUUAUGAGGACAAGGCCCACCAGGCCAAGGAAGCUAUCAUGGCUAUCGUGCAUCAACUCGACAACCAGUACCGCGAGGAGGUGGACAUCGACCCGCGGGUGCACAGGCGGCUGAUCGGACAGCGCGGCAAGAACAUCCGGCGCAUCAUGGACGAAUUUAAAGUGGACAUCCGCUUCCCCAAGUCCAGUGACGACAGCAUCGUCGUCAUCGCCGGUGAAGAAGAUAACGUGCUCGACGCUAAGGAUCAUCUUCUCAAUCUCGCUGAGGAAUACCUGCAAGACGUAGCGGACCGCUACACGCGGCCGGCGGCACCGUCGUUGGGUGACUUCAGCGACCUGAGCGGCGAGCCGAGCGCUGCCAGCGCGGCUACGGCGGCCGGCGCGGCGCCCGCGGCCGGCUUUGUGGUGAAAGGCGGGCCGUGGGAGCAGCGCGCGCCCGACACGGCGUCCACGCACGAGUUCCCCACCAUGCCGGGAGCGCCGCGCGCCGCGCCGCCACCACAGGCCGCGCCCGCUGCCUGGGGGCCCCGCCGCUAGGGCUCCGCCCUCGAGCCCGAAUAAUACCGACGCGACCCCUGCCCCUCUACGUGAUCUCCGUUUCUGACUCGAACUGUCUAACUCUCGUCGCGCAUGUACCGAUCGCGAUAGUGUAAUCGUUUCCGGUGUCGAUCUGAUAUUUUUGUCGAUACCCUUUACCGCUCUAUUUUAUUUCUAUUCUAUAGUGGGCGCGGCCGCCCGCGUGGCCCCGUAUAUAUAGCCGGCGCGCGGUCGUGCCCGGUGAGUCUGCGUGAGUAUUAUUCGGUCUUGUGCCCCAGUCUUCCCGCUCGUCGCCCUCCCGUGCCUCGUAGGGUCUAUCGUAAUAGUGACGGAGGCGUGUGAUUAUAUGCAUACAUACAUAUACAUUUUAAGUCUGUACGUAGUAUAGAACCGGGAUGCGCUGUAAUAUUAUAUUUUGUUAUUUUGUAUCGUCAUGGAGCGUCAGGAUCGUUCGGCCUAUUUUUACUGCGCAACUGAGGUACUGAAGUAUAUUUACGGCUGUAACUUUUACAUUAUUUAUUAUGCAAGCACAAGGUACCUAAUGAAA